GUUUUCUCAAACGAAUAUUAUAUUCCUUGCCAUUAAUUAUAUCAUCUUUUUCCGAUUCUCUUAAUUUUCGUAAUCUUCCUACAGAUGCUAAAGAAAUUAACAAUCUUUCAUCAUCACUAUCUUCCCAUGCAGAUUUCUCCUCAUCUAUCUGCAAGGCCACUAUUUUAUCUAAACUAUCAGGCAAUUCCUUCUGAGAAAUAGACGUAUCAACAUAAAAAAGCUACCAUAUUUACAUCAAUAUAAAACUAAAUACCUAAAAACAAACCUCAUGGUCCUGAAGCAAAGAAAAAUCAACUGUCUUAUCAUCCAAAGAUACAGAAUCAUCUACAUCAGAUAUAUUUAACAAUGAACUCUUUAAUUCUUCAUUAAAUGAAUUAUUAUUUCCAAAAACUUUCGCUUCUAAUAUUUCUUCUUCUUUAUCUUUACCAUUUGAAUUUAAGGGAAAUUCAGAAAAUAUAGAAUCAAUAUAUUUUUCAGAUAGUCUAUUUUCAUGAAUUGUCUUAGUUUUCUUUGACUUUUGGCCCAUCCUGUGUGAUCGUCAAAAAAUUUCGAUAUUUAUUUUAGUAUGGAUCAUAAUACAAGUAAAGUACUAUUUUUUGGGUCAUCGGAUGGGAAUUUUAAAAAGAUUUUUGAAAAAACACAUGAUUUGAACAAGAAACAUAACUUUGAUUUUUUAUUUUGCAUAGGAGAUUUUCUUCCAGAAUCAGGGACGGAUGAACUAGAAAUCAUAGAUCUAGUUGAGGGGAGAAUAAACAUUCCAAUAACAACAUAUUUUUCAAUCGGUAAAGAGCGUCUUCAUAAAAGAGUUGAAGAAAAAGCAAUUAGAAAUAAUGGGGAAAUAUGUAAAAACUUAUUUUAUAUAGGGAAAUCAGGGACUUUAACAACAUCAAAAGGAAUUAAAAUAUCAUGUUUAGGAGGAAUGUAUGAAGAAGAGCAAUUUUAUUGCAAAGUAUUGCCAGAAAAUACUGAAAUGAAGCCAUAUAUUUAUGAAAAUGAAAUAGAUGGUAUUAUAAAAAGGGGGAAAAAUUCGGAUAUUCUUGUUACAUUUGAAUGGCCUAAAGACAUACAUAAAUUUUCAUGCAAAAAGAUGUCGAAAACGAUUCCUGGAGUUCAAUUUAUAACUAAAGUAACAUCAUAUAUCCAACCUAAAUAUCAUUUCUCAUCAAACGGCUCAAUAUUUUAUGAAAGAGAGCCUUACAAAAGUAUUUCUAUUGAAGAUAAACAAAAAACAAAUAUUACAAGAUUUAUAUCAUUAGGCUCAUUAGAUAACCCAGACAAAGAAAGGUCUUCUUAUGCUUUUAAUAUUACUGCAUCAAAUUCAUAUAAUACAUCAAAUGCGUUAAAUAUACCAAAUGUUACACAAAAUCCUUUUACAGAAGAAAUAAAUACAGAUUCUAAAGGAAUAAAGCAUAAUCUUGAGGAUUCACAAUAUACCUUUUUCUGGAAUAAAGGAGAAUCUUCUAAUAGUAUUAAAAAGCAGAAACAUGAUACUGAAAUAUCUAAAUCAUAUGAUCAUAUUACUAAAGAAGAGGAAAAAGAAGUGGAUUCUAAUCAGGUCCCGAAAGACUGUACUCAAAUUCAUAAUAAAACAGAUCAUUUAAUUUCUAAUUCGUCAAAAUUAAACAAAAAAAGAUACGAAAAAGAAAAUACUAUUCCUCCCAAUUAUACUUGUAAAAUAUGCAUGCAAAAAGGUCAUUGGAUUCAGAAUUGUCCACAAAAAAAGGCUACUGGUUCAAGAAAACAUAUUUAUAAUCAUCCUAAAUUGGAGUUUUGUUUUUUCUGCCUUUCAGAUCCAAGAAUUGCUCAACAUUUAAUUACCUCUAUAGGAUCAGAAACAUAUCUUGCACUCCCAAAGGGCCCUUUAACAACAAGUUCUACUAAUUUGCCUUCUCUUUCAUUUCCAGGACAUGUUUUAAUCAUUCCUAUUGCACAUGUUCCUACAAUUAACGCUAUUGAAGAAGUAAACAGAGAUAAAACUAGGGAAGAAAUGGAAAGAUAUCGGAUCUCUAUCAAUGAAAUGUUUAAAUCUAAAGGAUGUGACACAGUAGCUUUUGAAAUAAGCAGAAUAAAUGGUAUUCACUUACAUCGGCAAGUAAUUCCAAUAAAAAAAAAUCUAUCAGAUGAAUUAGAAAAUACUUUUGUUUCCAUGGGUAAUGAAAAGAAAUACAAUUUUGAAAAAAGAGACAUUAAAAAGGAAGAAGAAAACUAUCUUCGUAUUUGGUUGCCCAACAACACUAUUUUAGUUCACAUAAUAAAACCAGAAACAUAUUUUGAUCUAAAAUUUGCACGACAUGUCAUAUCAAAAGUUCUCAAUUUAGAAGAAAGAAGUGAUUGGAAAAAUUGUGUUCAAACAAAUGAACAAGAAUCCCAGGAUUCAAAUCAAUUUAAAAAACAUUUUAAGGACUUCGAUUUUACUAUCUAAAUUCAUUUUAUUAUUUAUUAAAAUCUAAUUUGUACUAUAUUUUUUA